AUGUCACGAAUCGACAAGCUGUCCAUUUCCGGCGUGCGGUCCUUUAGCCCCGCCGUCCGCGAGGCCAUCCAAUUCAACACCCCCUUGACCCUCAUCGUCGGCUACAAUGGCUCCGGCAAGACAACCAUCAUCGAAUGCCUCAAAUAUGCCACCGCCGGCGAGCUCCCUCCCAACAGCAAGGGUGGCGCUUUCAUCCAUGACCCCAAGCUCUGCGGAGAGAAAGAGGUCAUGGCUCAAGUCAAGCUGCAGUUCCGCUCCAUCAACAAUCGUCAACAUGUUGCCACCAGGAGCCUGCAGCUCACCGUCAAGAAGACGACCCGUUCGCAAAAGACCCUCGACUGCUCACUCGUCGUCGUCAACAACGGCGAGCGCACCACCACCUCCACGCGACAGGCGCAGCUCGACGAAAUGAUACCCGAGCGCCUCGGCGUAUCCCGGGCCAUUCUCGACGCCGUCAUCUUCUGCCACCAAGACGAGUCCCUGUGGCCCCUCAGCGAGCCCGCCGCGCUGAAGAAGCGAUUCGACGAAAUCUUCGAGGCACUCAAGUACACGAAGGCCAUUGACAACCUUAAGGUUCUCCGCAAGAAGCAGGUCGAACAGCUUGGCAAGCUGCAAAACGACGAGGCGCACAACAAGACAAACAAGGAUCGCGGCGAGCGAGCCGAGAAGCGCAUGACUCUCCUUCAGGGUGAAAUCGAGGAGGCCCGUGACAAGUGCGAGGCUCUGUCCACCGACAUGCAAGAGACGCAGGACAAGAUCAAGGGAAAGCACCAACGGGCAAACAGCUUCCUACAGAUUGUGCAAAACCUCGGCAACAAGCGGGAGCAGCUCGAAUAUCGGCAAGACGCCGUCGAUGAGCUGAGGCAGACGAUCGAUGAGCUCCACGAGGACGACGCUUCUCUUGAACACUCCCUCGCUCAAUAUGAGCAAAGCAUGGAGCGGUUUUGCGAGGAAUCCGAGCUCAACAAAACCCAGUACAACGACCUGCAGCGAGAACUGGCAGGCUCGCGCAAGAAUCUGGCAGCCAAGCUAUCUGAGCAGGGAAAGCAUCAGUCGGACAAGGACAACUACGAACGACAGCUCAAGUCGCGAUUGGAAAUGAUUCAAGAGGCUGCCCGCUCUCACUCCUUCAGGGGGUACGACGGAGAGCUGGCUGACCAUCAUGUCAAGUCAUUCAACGACAAGAUCCAGAAACUUCUCGACGAAAAGAAGCGCGACCUCGAGCGCCUACAAAAGGAAAACUCGGUCGAGCUUGACCAAGCCACCGCCAUCAUCACAGAACUCGAGGGACGCAAAGCGGCCAGGACGCAAGACCGCGUUUCUGCGAAGCAGCGGAUCGUGGUCAUCGACAAGCGCACCAGCGUGCUGAAGAACGAUGCAAGCUGGAUCGACUUCGACGAAGGUGCCAAGGCUAUCCUCGAUAGCCAGCUGGAGGAAAUCGAUGGGAGGUUUCAACGAGCGCAGCAAGACUUUGAAAAGUCGGACUGGGAUCGACAGCUAUCUGAUGAGAAUGACAAGCUGUCGCAACUAGAAAAGGAGAACGAGAAACUUGGUCGCGAGCUUGUUGAUUGCACCCGCCGGGCAUCUGAGCGCGCUCAGCUCGACUUCCGGAAGAAGGAGCUCGGCGACCGCAAGCGCAAGCUGGAAACGCUCACCACUACCUGGAGGUCUAAGCUGGCCACCAUCGUGGGUGAGGACUGGGAACCCGGCACACUGGAAGGCAAAUUUCAGUCCGUCCUGACACAGCAAAACAAGACCCUCCAAGAGGCGCGCAAGAAACGAGACCAAGCACGAGAGAGACAGCAAAAGGUGGAGUUCAGACUAAGAAAUGCCAAGGAGACUCAGGAGACCAAGUCGCAGGAUGCCGCAAAAUGCAAACAAACAGUUCUGUCGGCACUUCGACGUGUUCGAGACAACGCUGUCAUUGAGGACUACAAGGAAGAGGUUGAGUCUGUGGAGCUGCAGGUUGAGGAGCUCAAGAACGAGCUCAGCUUGUUCGAUGCCCUCGUCGAGUACUACACCAAGUGCAAGCGCAUGUUGGAGUCGAAGAAGAAAUGCCUGUUGUGUGAAAGGCAUUUUGAUGACGGCCACAACGCGAGCGCGGAGCGUCUGAGCAACAAGAUUCAAAAACAGCUCGAUCCCAAGGGCAGAAUCGACUCUGAAAAGGACCUGAAGGAUAUCGCGGCUAGUCUGGAGUCCCUGCGAGCCGUCCGGCCGUCUUUCGAUACUUAUGAACGACUAUCGAAAGAAGUGCCAGGGAUUCGUGACGAGUGCAAGACUGUUCAAGGCGAGUUGGACGUGCUGGAGCGACAGCUAGAGGCACUCGAGUCCCAAGUAUCGGAGGAGGAGGAGAAAUUCCGGGACGUAGAAGGGCUGUCCAAGACUGUCAUGAACAUUUCGCAAACCAUCAAGGACAUCGGAGACUCUGAGAGUCAAGUGGAGCGCAUCAUGUCUCAACAACUGUCCGGGGGGUCCACUCGAGGCGCGGACGAGAUCCAUGAGCUUCAAGCGGACCUUGCCGAGCAGAUGAGAGGUCUCAAGGGCCGGAUCUCGAAGCUGGCCAACGACCGGCAGCGGAUGAGAGAUCAGAUCAACUCUCUCGAGCUGGAGAGGAGCGAGCUGAACAACAAGAUCAGCCGCGCUGCCGGACAGCUCGAAAAGAAGAAGUCGCUGCAAAACCAGAUUCAGUCCCUGAAAGAGGACCAUAACCAUCAACGGGAAAUCAUGCAGCGGGCGGACGAGGAACUGGAGACGCUGGAGCCGAGCAUCUCGGAGGCUCGCUCGGCCCGCGACGAGACCCUCGGACGCGGGCGUGCCAAGGAGCAGGCCAUUGUGGACGAGAGAGACGCCAUUGCGAACUCGGUCAGCGAAAUCAAGAUGCUCGACAGUGACAUCCAAGACUACGUCGACCGCGGCGGCCCGUCGAACUUGGCCUCGAACCAACGAGCCAUAGCCGCGCUCGAGCAGUUGAUUGGCAACACGGAGAAGGAGAUUGCGCAGGUGACGGUGCGGGCGAACAAGCUCAAGCAAGACAUUGACAAUGGCGACCGCAAGAAGAAGAACAUUGGUGACAACCUCAACUACCGCAAGCAUCUCCGCACGCUGGACGUGCUGCGCAAGGAAAUCGCGGAGCUCGAGGACCGUAACGCGCACGACGAUUACGAGCGGCUCCAGAGUGAGGCACGGAUGCUGGAGAACCAGUCGAACCGGCUGCUGGCGGAGCGAGGGUCCGUCAUGGGCACCAUGAAGACCAAGGACGAGGAGCUGGGGCGCCUGCUGCAGGAGUGGGAGAUGGACUACAAGGACGCCAAGCAAAAGUUCCGCGAGUCGCACAUUCGCGUCGAGACGACAAAGGCGGCGAUUGAGGACCUGGCGCAGUGCGGGGCGGCCGUGGACAAGGCGGUGAUGCAGUUCCACGCCGUGAAGAUGGCCGAGGUGAACCGCAUCGCGGGCGAGCUGUGGCAGAGCACGUACCAGGGGACCGAUAUUGACACGAUCCUGAUCCGGUCCGACAACGAGUCGAGCACGGGCAAGCGCAACUACAACUACCGGCUGUGCAUGGUCAAGCAGGACACGGAGAUGGACAUGCGCGGGCGCUGCUCGGCGGGGCAAAAGGUGCUGGCCAGCAUCGUCAUCCGGCUGGCGCUGGCCGAGUCGUUUGGCGUCAACUGCGGCCUCAUCGCCCUCGACGAGCCGACGACCAACCUCGACCGCGACAACAUCAAGAGCCUCGCCGAGAGCCUGCACGCCAUCAUCAAGGCGCGCCAGGCGCAGAGCAACUUUCAGCUCAUUGUCAUCACCCACGACGAGGAGUUUCUGCGGCACAUGCGCUGCAGCGACUUUUGCGACAGCUUCUUCCGCGUCAAGCGCGACGAGAGGCAGAACAGCGUCAUUAUGCGCGAGAGCAUCACCAAGAUUUUUUGA